AUGGCAGCGGCGACCGGCGGCGCUCUGAGAGAGGGGCAGGGCCGCGGCGGUCCCUGCGUCUGUUCGCCCCCGCUGGCUGCGGUGGAGGCCGUGGCCGCCGACUGGAUGCUAGAGUUCGCCUGCUCCUGCCUGUGCCGGCACUUCGGGGAUAGGAGCGGGGCGGAGUUCCGGCGCUGGAGCGACGUGUCGCAGGCUCUUAUCAAUGGCUUUUUCAAAAUACCUACACAUCAGAAAAAAACAGUUUAUCUCUGUCAGCUUUUGAUAAGAAUUGCAAAAGGAAAAACCCUCGAAUUACAGUUUGAAAAUGGUCAAAAAAUUUCACCUUUGGAAUCUGCUCUGGCUUUCUGGACUUUACUUGAAAAGGAAGAAAUUAAACUGGAAAAGCUUCAUGAAGAUAUUCGUCGCUUGAUUCAAAUUCAGAUUGUAGCAGUUCAUAUGGAAAAUGGAUAUUUUAAGGAAGCUACUGAACUUCUUGAAAGGCUGUUUACAGACUCUGAAUCAGAUAAGCCUUUAAGGAUGAAGCUGGCAACCAUAAUUAAAAACAAGGAUCCAUAUGUUCCUCUUCUCCAAAGCUUCAGUUACAGUCUUUUAAUGAGUAAAAUCAAGUUCUACAUUGAACUUUUCAUGAAAGAAAAGGAAACUGACUUCUUAAUACAGGAAGCCACAAAAUAUGCAGAGUCUAAAGGAUUGGAAGCAACAACAUUGCAAAACAAAUCUAUGAAUGUCAGUGAAAAUGACGAAAGUAAUUUGGUCACAAAACAAAGAUUGGUGAAAGAACAACAAUAUAUCACAAAUCAGUCACCUGGAGACAUAAAAAAAUCCACAGAAAGGCCUUAUUCAGAGCAGAAACACACAGGGAGCAGAGUUCUUCAGAGUCUGAACAACUUACAGAAUGUGGAAAACCAUGAAGUUUCAGCUUGUGGCCGAAGAAGACAGCGAUGGACUUACAAAGAAGACUUGGAACUGAAAUCAGGAGUAAAGAUGUUCGGAGUGGGUAACUGGGCUAAAAUUUUGGCCCAUGGUAACUUCGACAACCGAACAAGUGUCAUGUUAAAAGACCGAUGGAGAACAUUGUGCAGGAUUGACCUAGCCUAGCUUUCCAGAAUAACAACUUAUUUUAGUCUCAAAGUGUCCAGCAGUGUUGCUGUCCUAAAACGUGAAACAGAAUAGUAAUAGGUAUAAAACAUUUAUGUAAGCAAAGUUGUUCAGGUGAUGACUUUAAUGUGAAACCUAAUACAUAGUGUGAACUUUAUGGCAGAUGAACCUUGGCUAACAUUAAAAAAGUUCCUUAUUACUA